AUGAAAUUCACGGAAAACUACGUAGAGGAGAGUGGGAGAAGACUGAAGAAAAGGAUAGAAACCAUCGUUUCAUGGCUCGACGGUUUCGGUAUUCGGUGUUUGGAGGGAAAUGCGGGAUUGUUUUGCUGGGUGGACAUGAGGCAUUUGCUGAGCUUCAACACCUUUGAAGCAGAAAUGGAGAUUUGGAUGAAAAUACUGUGUGAUGCUGGGCCGAAUGUCUCCCUCGGAGCCUCUUUUCAUUGCAGCGAACCCGGUUGGUUCCGCGUCUAUUUCGCCAACAUGUCGGAAGAAGCCUUGGUUGCGGCGAUGCGGCGGAUUAAUGCGUUUGUGAGUUCCGUGGUCGGCGUCGGAGAAGAUUGCCGGAAUAUUCAUCCUGGGAAUGAAGAGGUCACUUGUAUGCAGUAUUGA